AUGUCUUCUCGGCCAGAUCUCAGGGUCGACGAUGAAGUCGGAUUCAUCCGCUUCUACCGCUCCCUCUCCCAAGAUGCCACCGACGAGACAAUUCGCGUUUUCGACCGCGGCGACUGGUACUCCGCACACGGCGCCGAGGCCGAGUUCAUCGCCCGCACCGUCUACAAGACGACCUCGGUGCUCCGGAACCUGGGCCGCAGCGACACCGGCGGCCUGCCCUCCGUGACGAUGAGCGUGACGGUGUUCCGCAACUUCCUGCGCGAGGCUCUCUUCCGACUCAACCGACGGGUCGAGAUCUGGGGCUCCGUCGGUACCGGCAAGGGCCACUGGAAACUCGUCAAGCAGGCCAGUCCGGGCAAUUUGCAGGACGUGGAGGACGAGUUGGGAAGCGUGGGCGCUGGCUUGGGCCAUAUGGACUCGGCGCCGAUUAUCCUCGCCGUGAAGAUCUCGGCGAAGGCGUCCGAGGCGCGGAGUGUUGGGGUGUGCUUUGCGGAUGCGAGUGUCCGGGAGCUUGGCGUGAGCGAGUUCCUGGAUAAUGAUAUCUACUCGAACUUUGAGUCGUUGGUGAUUCAGCUGGGCGUGAAGGAGUGUCUUGUGCAGAUGGAUGCGAGUCGGAAGGAUGCCGAGCUGGGUAAGAUCCGGACGAUUGCGGAUAGUUGUGGGAUUGCGAUCUCGGAACGCCCUGUGGCGGACUUCGGGGUUAGGGAUAUCGAGCAGGAUUUGACCCGCUUGCUGCGCGAUGAGAGGUCUGCCGGUACGUUGCCGCAGACGGAGUUGAAGCUGGCGAUGGGCUCCGCGUCGGCCCUGAUCAAGUACCUGGGGGUCAUGUCGGACGCGACGAAUUUCGGCCAGUAUCAGCUGUAUCAGCAUGAUUUGUCGCAUUUUAUGAAGCUGGAUGCGUCGGCGCUAAGGGCGCUGAAUCUGAUGCCGGGCCCGCGGGAUGGGUCUAAGUCGAUGAGUCUGUUCGGCCUGCUGAAUCAUUGCAAGACGCCCGUCGGGGGCCGGUUGAUGGCGCAGUGGCUGAAGCAGCCGCUGAUGGAUCUGACGGAAAUCCAGAAGCGUCAGCAGCUGGUGGAGGCGUUCGUUGUGAACACGGAGCUGCGGCAGAUGAUGCAGGAGGAGCAUCUGCGUUCCAUCCCGGACCUGUAUCGCCUGGCGAAGCGGUUCCAGCGCAAGCAAGCGAACUUGGAGGACGUGGUGCGUGUCUACCAGGUGGCUAUCCGGUUGCCCGGGUUUGUCGGCUCGUUGGAGAAUGUCAUGGACGAGGAGUAUCAGACGCCGCUGGAGACCGAGUACACGACGAAACUGCGCGGCCACUCGGACAGCCUGGCUAAGCUGGAGGAGAUGGUCGAGACUACGGUCGAUCUGGCUGCCUUGGAGAACCACGAGUUCAUCAUCAAGCCCGAGUUCGACGAGGGCCUGCGGGUGAUCCGGAAGAAGCUCGACAAGCUGCGAAACGACAUGUAUGUGGAGCACCGCACGGUGGCCAAGGACCUCGACCAGGAAAUGGACAAGAAGCUGUUCCUGGAGAAUCACCGCGUUCACGGCUGGUGCUUCCGACUGACCCGCAACGAGGCGGGCUGCAUCCGCAACAAGCGACAGUACCAGGAGUGCUCGACGCAGAAGAACGGCGUGUACUUCACCACCUCGACCAUGCAGACGCUGCGCCGGGAACAUGACCAGCUGUCGUCGAACUACAACCGCACCCAGACGGGAUUGGUGAACGAGGUGGUCAACGUGGCCGCUUCGUACUGCCCCGUCCUGGAGCAGCUCGCCGGGGUCCUCGCGCACCUGGAUGUCAUCGUGAGUUUCGCGCAUGCCGCCGUCCACGCGCCGACGGCCUACGUUCGCCCGAAGAUGCACCCGCGAGGCACGGGCAACACGGUGCUGAAGGAGGCGCGCCACCCCUGCAUGGAAAUGCAAGACGACAUCUCGUUCAUCACCAACGACGUGGCUCUGGUCCGCGACGAGUCAUCCUUCCUCAUCAUCACCGGUCCCAACAUGGGCGGUAAAUCGACCUACAUCCGACAGAUCGGCGUCAUCGCGCUGAUGGCCCAGACCGGCUGCUUCGUGCCCUGCACCGAGGCGGAGCUGACCAUCUUCGACUGCAUUCUGGCUCGUGUUGGUGCCAGCGACUCGCAGCUCAAGGGCGUCUCAACCUUCAUGGCGGAGAUGCUCGAGACCUCCAACAUCCUCAAGUCCGCCACCUCCGAGUCGCUCAUCAUUGUCGACGAGCUGGGCCGCGGCACGAGCACUUACGACGGAUUCGGUCUGGCCUGGGCCAUCUCCGAACACAUUGUCACUGAGAUCCGCUGCUUCGGCCUCUUCGCCACCCACUUCCACGAGCUAACCGCUCUCGCGGACCGAUACCCGGGCUCAGUCAAGAACCUGCACGUAGUCGCCUUCAUCGGCGACGGCACAACGGACAACAUCUCCGCCGACGACGAGAAAGAAAAGCGCAACAACCAAGUCACCCUACUCUACCGCGUCGAACCCGGCAUCUGCGACCAAUCCUUCGGUAUCCACGUCGCCGAACUGGUCCGCUUCCCGGACAAAGUAGUCAACAUGGCGCGGCAAAAGGCCGAAGAACUCGAAGACUUCACCACGACGUCCGACUCCCACCAAAACAGGAACGAUGAAUCCGCCAUGGUCAUCGACAAGUACUCCCCUGAGGAAAUCGAAGAAGGCAGUGCGCUUCUCAAAUCCAUGUUGAAGAAAUGGAAAGCCGAAGUCGAGGCCCCGGGCAAAGAGGGCUUGACUGUUGAAGAGAAGCGCCAAAUCAUGCGUGAUCUGGUCACGGCGGAUGAGAAGUUGAAGGGGAAUAAGGUGUUUCAGGGUAUUAAGGCUUUGUAG